AUGACGUCAAUUUUGAUUUGGCUACCUGCUGGUCUAAAGAUGUUAGGAAAAAAAGGAAGGCAACCUGAAACCACCAAAUUGAAACUGAUUUUCUCUCUUUUGAAAAAUGAGACUUUUUUUCUUUGGAAAAGUCGCAAACUGACCAACAUUUCUGAUACUACACAAAAUCUUUCUCGUUGUUUGAUGAAAAGGUUCGUUUUGCUCUUGUUUUUUCGCAAAUAG